ACACUUGAUGACGUUUUUCCAACAUGGCGCCCCACAGUAGCUGUCACACUGAAGUACACAAUCUACUGUAGACUUGACUGUUUCUAAAAACUGAAUAUGUGCUUUUGAAUGACGAUUUGAAUCUUUGUUCCGAUGGGAAGAGAUGUUCGAUAUGCAGUUUAAAGACAUGGCUUCUCUGUUAAGGAAUAGCGUGAGCUGAUAGAGACGAUGCAUCUGUCUCUGUUGAGAUCGCACGGGCUCUUUCUGCCCUUUAUCAAACGCUGUCCUGAUAUUAAAAUAUGCCGCAUUAAGCGCAGAUCUCAGGGCUGUGUGAGCACAUGUACAGUCAUCAGACACAGAUGGAUGAAAAGCAUCAGUCCUGUCAGAGACUUCAGCUUUAAUGCGUCUGAGAAGGAGAGUUUCGACAUGUCUGAGUUUCCAGUGGAGAGAAUUCGCAAUUUCAGCAUUAUCGCUCACAUUGAUCACGGCAAGAGCACUUUAGCUGACAGACUGCUGGAGAUCACAGGUGCCAUUGCAAAGACUGCGAGUAACAAGCAGGUUCUGGAUAAACUGCAGGUGGAGAGAGAGAGAGGAAUCACUGUUAAAGCUCAGACUGCCUCGCUCUUCUAUCAGCACGACGGACAGACGUACCUGCUCAACCUCAUCGACACACCUGGCCAUGUUGACUUCAGCUAUGAAGUAUCUCGGUCCAUAUCCGCUUGCCAAGGAGUUCUGCUCAUUGUAGAUGCAAAUCAGGGAAUUCAAGCGCAAACAGUCGCCAACUUCUACUUGGCUUUUGAGGCUCAACUAACAAUCAUCCCUGUGAUAAACAAGAUUGAUUUGAAAAAUGCUGAUCCAGAGCGAGUGGAAAAACAGAUUGAAAAAGUUUUUGAUAUUCCCAGGGAAGAGUGCAUCAAGAUCUCGGCGAAACUCGGCACAAACGUGGAUCAAGUUCUCCGAGAGGUGGUGAAGCGGAUUCCUCCUCCGCCGGCGCGAGUGGACGACCCGUUCACGGCCCUCGUGUUCGACUCCACGUUCGAUCACUACAGAGGCGUAGUGGCCAACAUCGCCGUGUUCGGCGGACGCGUGUCCAGAGGAGACCGGAUCGUGUCGGCACACCUGGGAAAGUCUUAUGAGGUCAAUGAGCUGGGCGUCCUGAGACCCGACCCACACCCGACCCAAACACUGUAUGCCGGUCAGGUGGGUUACAUCAUCGCAGGGAUGAAGGAAGUGAAGGAGGCUCAGAUUGGAGACACACUUUACCUGCAGACACAGCCUGUGGAGGCGCUGCCGGGGUUCAAACCGGCUAAAGCCAUGGUGUUCGCGGGCAUGUAUCCCAUGGACCAAUCAGAUUACACCGCCCUGCGAAGCGCUGUGGAGAAACUGACUCUGAAUGACUCCAGCGUGACGGUUCAGCGGGACAGUAGUUUGGCUUUGGGAGCCGGAUGGAGGCUGGGGUUUCUGGGUCUUCUGCACAUGGAGGUGUUUAACCAGCGUUUAGAGCAGGAAUAUAAUGCGUCGGUCAUAAUAACGGCUCCGACUGUCCCGUACAAGGCUGUGCUGGCGUCUGCCAAACUCAUAAAGGAACACGGUGAGGAAGUGAUCACCAUCAUCAACCCGGCUCACUUCCCUGAGAGGGCUCUGGUGGAGCAGUAUCUGGAGCCCAUGGUGAUGGGAACCAUCAUCGCUCCGAGCGACUUCACUGGGAAGAUCAUGAGUCUGUGUCAGACCCGCAGGGCUGUUCAGAAGAACAUGUUCUACAUCGAUGACCAUCGAGUGAUGAUGAAGUACCUAUUCCCUCUAAAUGAGGUCGUAGUGGACUUUUACGACCAGCUCAAGUCCAUGUCAUCAGGAUACGCCAGUUUUGAUUACGAGGAUGCCGGUUAUGAGGCCGCUGAACUGAUUAAGAUGGACUUCCUCCUCAACGGGCGGCCAGUGGAGGAACUCGCCAUUAUCGUUCAUAAAGAGAAAGCGUACAGUGCGGGAAAAGCCAUAUGUGAGAGGCUGAGGGACUCGAUCCCGAGACAGAUGUUUGAGAUCGCAGUGCAGGCGGCCAUCGGCAGCAAGAUCAUCGCUCGAGAAACGAUCAAAGCAUACCGGAAGAAUGUUCUAGCAAAAUGUUACGGCGGUGACAUUACACGGAAAAUGAAACUGCUAAAGAAGCAGGCCGAAGGAAAGAAGAAAAUGCGGCGCAUUGGAAACAUCGACGUCCCGAAAGACGCUUUCAUCAGCGUCCUGAAGCGGACGUAGUGGACCAUAAUCCUGACAGACUGGGCUUGAUUUGUGGAUGUGAACAUGCCAAUGUACAGUACGGCGAUCGAUUCAGAAAUGCUAUUCAAGUUUAUAUAACGGAGUGAUGUUAUUCUGGGAGCGUAAAGCAGGUUUGAUGAAUUAAUCUUCAUGAUGCUGAAACAUUGCUGUUCUCUCAGUAGAUUCAGAGAAUGCAAGCUAAGGGUUUUCAUUGGAAACGUUUAGACUGAGUGGAUGCAGAAGUAUUUGGCAGCGCUGU